GUCUACCAUUAUGCUAAUUGAUUCCUUUUACGGUGGAGAAAUGUACAUUUUACAGGCGAUUUAGAAAAACAUCUGCUUGGAAUUUUGACUGACCUCAAAGUCCUAUCAAUUGGAAAGGUGUUAAUUUCUUUAGAAAUAUGGUAUAAAAACAAGAGAAUAGACGAAAAAGUGUCAUUUUAAAGACGUUCUACAGGUCAUAUUACACAAACAUGGGGACGGUUUUAUCAUUUUCUCCACGACCAAGGAAGCCAUUGUACGAGGAGGUGAAUUUAAACAACUACCAAUACGAACUUUUAAACAACACUAAAAAUUCAUCAAAUCAGAGGGACAAGAGUUACAGGAAACAUUCUAUAUUUCUUGGAGGAUUAAGUUGGAAGAAAUUCUCUGUAAGUAAUGGAAAGAAGAAAGAUAAAAACGUUCAGCGAUUUUCAAACGCCACCAUUGUACCAGGAAAAAUUGACAAUAAUUUUAACAUCGAGAAUGUAGAUAUAAACAAAAAUAUACCAAAGUCAAUUUCCAGUUAUAACAUUAAGUCAGAAAAGCUAGACGAGAAGAAGAAUGUGGAGAAGAAAUCUGUCAAAAAGAUUGACAAAGCCACCAGUCCUAAACGGACAGUAAUCCAAGCCAGUACUUCAGAAUUAUUGAAAUGUUUAGGAGAGUUUCUGAGAAAGAAGUGUAAGCGUCUACGAAAUUUCGAAAGUCACAGUGCUAUUGUAUGGCUGCGGACAGUAGACAGAUCUUUACUACUACAAGGAUGGCAGGAUGUAGCGUUUAUCAAUCCGGCGAACGUAGUGUUUUUGUACAUGUUGGUAAAAGACUCAAUGUAUAACGAUAUAGAUUCAGAACAUGAACUUCAGGCUCUUGUUUUAACUUGCCUAUAUCUGUCAUAUUCUUAUAUGGGAAACGAAAUAAGCUAUCCACUAAAGCCAUUCCUCGUUGAAGAAAACAGAGACAAAUUUUGGGAUCGCACUUUAGUUAUCAUUAACCGACAAAGUGCUAACAUGCUGCGUUUGAACAGUGAUCCUAGUUUUUUUACGGAGGUAUUCACAGAACUCAAAGCCUACUCGCCUUGUAUAUGAGCCUUUCCUAUCUAUUUCGCCAUAAUGCCAAUUAUCUGCCAAGACAAUUAAAAGAUAGUGAUAUGUGAAUGAGCUGUUGCUUGUUUUUACAUCGCAAUAGUUCAGAAUAGCUCAAUUAACACGUGAAAGGUUCAUAAAUAUGUGAGAACGAACAUGUCUUUUCAGUUGACAAAUAUGUGUUCAGUAAGUGAUGGAAUUGUUAUUUUCUAUUUCAUAUGUUUUAUGAAAUAUAAAAUAGUUUUAAAUGUUUACGUAAGCUUUUGUUGGAAAUUAUAGAGUAUGUUAAAAAUAUUGCAAUUUGAUUCAAAUUUUACUUUCCAUUUUUCAAAUAAGUAAAAAUUAUUUGCAUUAUCGGAAAUUCUUCUUUAUACAAUUUCGUUUUAGUCAUCUAGCCAACAUUUUAAGAUGAAUCAUAUGUAUAUAUUCAUUCUCAAAUAUUCGAUUCUCAAAAAUCAAUAGCUAAUGUGAUUGCUUCCAUGUUUUAUCUGAUGAAUGAAGCCAGAAUCGAUUGAAUACCGUAAAAUCAAUGCCAAAACAAAAUGUAUUCAUUGAUCUUUUGGUAGACUUGAUUACAAUAGAAAAACGAUAUAAAAUUGCCUGUUAAACAUGUUAUUAGUAGAAGAGUUUAACUAGUAUGUUGACAAUGAAAAUUUUCCUGUUUUCUUUUUAAAGAAUUAGUUUAUUCUUAUAUUUGAAUACGUGUAUGCUAAUGAGUUGUAUCAUUAUAAAUUAUACUAAUAUGUUUUUGUUACGAAGGGAGCUUUAAUGAUGCUCCCCAGCUACCCCUUCCCAAAGAUACAAAAUAUGUGAUGUUAUGCUAUUUAUCUUGUGUUAUUACAUUUAAGUUAAUUUAUGAAUAUUUUAAAUGAUUGUAAAAUGAAAUAAAAUAUGAAUUUUA